UUCGACAACUCACAACACAUUUCCAUCUCAUCUGAUAUAAGCUGGACAGCUGAAACAGCACCCGGUGGCAGCGCACUCCUCUACUCAUUCUUACCGUAGGCGCCCGACACAGCGCCGCGCACCAGCCACAACGCCCCGUAAUCGGUCGUUGACCCGUUCAAAAGCAACCGGAUUGGCAGCUGCAAGAAGAAGCAGAACCGUGGAAAUGACAGCCUUCUCCCCGCACAACAUCGCCGGGUCGGCCACCAGCAAAAAGAAGCUAAUCAAUCUUCUGAGAGGAUGGCCGAACCACUCCUUGCUUCCAACGCAGUUGCUUGAUAGAUCUGCCCAUAAAGUGCUCACCAACCACUCUGUUGCGUUCUCUGCCUUGGAGUACGGCCCGGAUCACGGAGACCCACGUUUGCGCAAGCAUCUUGCGUCGUGGCUGACGACCUUCUUCAAGCCUCAAGAUCCUAUCACCGACGAUCGUAUUGGAAUUUCGGGAGGAGCUUCGCAGAACCUCGCAGUCUUACUGAACGUGUUUACUGAUCCAUCAUACACUAGAAAGGUAUGGUUCGUGGCGCCGGCAUAUCAUCUGUCCUUCCGCGUGAUCCAAGACGCUGGAUUUCACGACAAGUUCCGCGCUAUUCCAGAAGACGAGGAAGGUAUAGAUAUUGAGUACUUCAAAAAAGAGAUCAAGAAAGUGGAAGAGAAAGUGGCAAGCCAGGGUAUCUCGCAGCCAAAACACAAACCAGUAUCACGGCCUUGGGCCAAGGUGUACAAGCAUGUCAUCUACGCAGUCCCAACAUUUUCAAAUCCAUCGUCUAAGACCAUGAGUUUAAGACGGCGUAAGGAGCUGUUACAAGUGGCAAGGGAGUACGAUGCGCUCGUCAUCACAGAUGAUGUAUACGACUUCCUACAAUGGCCGUCUAAGGUUACCUCUGAGUCUGAGACAGUAUCAGUAGAGCAAGCCCAUCUGCCUAGAAUUGUAGACCUCGAUCGGUACCUUGACGGCGGUGCCGAAAGGGAAGGCGCCGACGGCUUCGGCAACGCGGUCUCGAACAUGAGUUUCUCUAAGAUCUCUAGUCCCGGCUUGAGGUGCGGCUGGUGUGAAGGUACACCAAAGUUUGUCUCAGGUGUCGCAGAAGUGGGAUCAACUCACUCAGGUGGCAACCCUAGCCAGUUCACUUCGAACAUCCUAGCUGAAGCCAUGGAGGAUGGUGAGCUUCAACGUCGCGUAACAGAGCAACUGCAGCCGGCAUAUGGCAAGCGCUAUCGUUCGAUGAUCAAAGCCAUCAACGACCUGUUGGUCCCACUUGGUGUCCGCCUGCCUCAAACCGAUCGUGACAUCGUUGGUGGUUACUUCAUCUGGCUCACUUUGCCGGAUGGCAUGGAAGGUGGUGCCUUUGUGGAACGUGCUAGGGAAGAUGAGAACGUGGUUGUUGCACAGGGUGAGCUCUUUGAAAUUCCCGGUGAUAACGACCAUCCACGUACGUCUUUUAAGAACGACAUUCGCGUCUGCUUCGCAGUAAGUCUUGCUAGUCUUGUACCCUAUCCAUCACUUACACGUCCAAAGUGGGAAGAUGAGGACGCGCUGAUCGAAGGCAUCGAACGCCUUGCGACUGUAAUUCGCACGAUGCAACACGAACAGAACACUACCGGCAGCUACAAGAUUCGACUCCAGGUAGAGCAGGAGGCAAAGAACUUCUGGUAAGCGCACCGACCUGCCACACCGGAAUCCGUAGCAAGUACAGCGACACGUCGAUCGAGCCAACAGGGGAGGGACGCCACUCGCCUUCAUUGAAGUUAUUCAGC